AUGAUUCAAUUAAAAGGUAAAGUAGCAUUAGUUACAGGUGGAUCAGCAGGAUUAGGUGCAAGUAUAUCAGAACAAUUAGCAGCCGAAGGUGUCAAUGUUGCAAUAAAUUAUUCAAAUAAUGAAAAAAGAGCUUCUGAAUUAUCAAAUAGAUUAAUUAAAUUAUAUGGUAUAGAAUCAAUUAUUAUAAAGGCAGAUAUAUUUGAUAUACAAAAUUUACAUAAAUUAGUUGAAGAAACUGUAUCAAAAUUAGGUAGAAUUGAUAUAUUAAUAUCAAAUGCUGGAUGGACUGAAAUUAUUCCUUAUGAUAAUUUAGAUGCAAUGACUGAAGAAAUUUGGGAUAAUACAUUUAGUGCAAAUGUUAAAGCUCAUUAUUUUUUAUUUAAAGCUGUAAAACCAUAUUUUGAUUCAAAUAAAGAAGGUGGUACAUUUAUAUCUUCUGCAAGUGUUGCAGGUAGAACAAGAUCAGGAUCUUCUAUACCUUAUUCAGUAAGUAAAGCUGCGUUAAUUCAAUUAAUUAAAUUUUUAGCAAAAACUCAACCUAAUAUAAGAACUCAUGCUGUUUGUCCUGGACUUCUAGCUGAAACAGAUUGGGGUAAAAGAUUUUCAAAUGAACAAAUCCAAAAAUCAAUAAAUUUAUCUCCUAUAAAAAAAUCAACUGAUAUUGAAGAAUGUGCUUCUGAAUAUAUUCAUUUAUGUAAAUUAUCUACUUCAACUGGUUCAAUAGUAGCACUGGAUGCUGGAUUAUCAAUUUUAUAA